AAAAUUAUAUAUGAUGAUUCGUUGGAGCUAUAUUUCAUUCAAGGUGAGGAUAAUGAUGGGGAUGACCCCAUUAGAGUUGAGCAAGUAGCUCGUCCGGAAGCUACCGAGUUCAUGAUUCGGAAGAAGAAGUUUGAGGAGAUUGAUAGAGGUAAGGAAAAGAGAUUAAAACCCUCUAUUGAGGAUCCGCCUAGUUUGGAAUUGAAAACUUUACCGAACACUUAG